AUGAGCAUGCUCGAGAUCUUAAUAGAGUUGGUGAUCAGCAUCUCUAUCUGUGGAAUGGCGGCAUACUUUUUCCUCAGUGUCCCAAUGGAGGAACGUAGUGUAGGUGAGGGCGAUGGUGAUAUGAACAACAAUGGUGUUGGUAACGGCAGCGGUAAUAAUGGCGGUAAUUACAAUCAGCGAAGUACACUGACACUGGAGCGAAGCCACAAGUGCGAAGGGGCGAUGUGGUGUAAUGUGCUUGGCCGCUGGGUGGCGUUUCUCUUGCUUGGCGGUGGCUCUAUUGAUAAGGAUGUGUGGACAGACCGUAUUGCUUACUUUGUGGAUAGGGCAGCACGGCAGGUAGCGGAGGUGUUGAGACGUAAACAAGAGGGAAAUGGAAAAGGAAGAGAAGAGGUGGAACGAACACUGCGUGUGCGGCCAGAGAUGAUUCGACUUGUGCGUAUUGAACUUAGCGGUGGGGGUCCUUUAAGUACAGUGAUGAACCAACAACAACAACAACAACAACAACAAAGCCAUCAACAACAACAACAAACGUAUGGUUCUGCUCAACAAGGUGGUUUAGUAAAUGGACUUCAUCACACAAGAACAAGUAGUGAUUCUGCACGUGUGGGAGGUUUGUUUACAGAGAUACUUGAAGCCGGCGGUGUGGCCACAUCUCCUUUGAUAGGUGUUGUGCUUCCACGUAUAGGGCCUAGUGGAAUUAUUUCAUUAGAAGCUCCAUAUAAUCCUGCUAAUGCGCAUGAUAAUAGUUUAGACUCUAUUCCACCAGUUAUGCCAAUGAAUUCAAACUCAUUGCGUUGUUUUGCAGUGCCUAUAAUAUAUGAAGAUCAUAGGUUUGCACUGCAAUUUGCUUGUUAUUUCCCACUCUUAUUUGCACUUCCGGCAACAUUAAGUAUUCCAUCAGAUGUGUUAACUCUCCAUUGUGCUCUAUCAGUUAGACGUAUUGUUUUUCAUGCUACACUUUAUGCUGCUUUCUGUGGUAACAAAGUUGAACUUAGUUUUACCAGCGAACCUCAAUUCACAGCUUUAUAUGAUGUCGCCCCUGUCAAACGUCGUCAACACCAUCCAGCAGCAGCAGCAGCAUCACAACAACAACAACAACAAUUUCAGCCAUCCUCUGGGAAUAGUGCACAGGUAAACUUGCCUGUCGAUAUGAACACAACACUUCCACCAUUAGCUCCUGUCGUUGGUAGUGGUGCAGCGUCAGUAACGCAGCGUUCGAGGGAAAAAUUAAGGGAAAUUGUUGAUUUGGCGGUCAAACGUGCUGUUCAGUCCAUUACAUACCCAUGUGUGUUACAGGGAAAGAUGAGGUCACCGGGUAAAGAGAUAAAUAACGACAAUGGAAUUAUGACGUGGACAUUGGAAAAAGCAUCCCUUCCACUUCACUGUUAA